AUGGAUGAGGUGUAUGAGGAACGUGAACGUGUGUUGUCAAUCAUAAGAGGAGGAGAGGAAUCGUAUUCUUCAAUAACAGAUUUCAAGCAGAAUUUGGGUGAAGAAGUUUUGGCACAUGAGAAAUUGGAAAAGGGAUGGGUUUUGUAUGAGAAAUCAGAGCUUACAUGGCACUGCCUCUAUUUGAUUCCCAUACCUAUCAAUGCUACGUAUAAGCAGAUGCAGCAAGCUGAAGCUGACAUAGCAGAGGUACUUGAAUUGGCUAUGGCGACAAUCCAUCCCACGACUAUAUCUGUAUCUGCCACAGGUUUGGACCCCUUGUACCAACCAAUGUCUUAACAUGGAGAUGCUAUCUUUCAUAGAUUCUCAAAGUAAGAUAUUCAAUUCUUGGAACAAUAUUGAUGGUGAUAUGCAUGCCUAUCUUCAAGCUUCGAAUAGAUGUUCACACUUGCCAUUCAAAUUUAUGUGAUUUUACUAUAUCUGAGAAUUCAUUGGCCCACUAUGUCCAGAGAGCUAAGAUGUCCCAUACCAUUACAGUUUCUCAUCAUAACAUUGGCAACCAUUUGUACGUCAUUCUUCUUCGUCCCCAGUUUAUACAAGAUGCUUAUGGUGAUCAUUCUCAAGAGUGUAAGUGUAAUAUUUGUAUCUGGGAAGCAACUUGUAGAAGAAUAUGUAAGGCGUGAUGCAAUAGAAUGCGAGUUAAUUGAUAGUUUCAGCUCGAUGGAGUCUUACAAGCAAAACCUUUGGGAGCUGAACAUUACGACAUACUUGAAAACAGUUGACUCGUGCCUAAAACCUUCUUCCACGGGUACGGACAAAGGAUGGGUUUUUUGCUUGCCAGCUACACAAAGCGUAAGUGAAAAACAGGUUAAAAGUAACUCAACAUUGAUCAAGGAGAAGAUGGAAGGUUUCAUGAAGAAUAUAGCAGCGAAAUAUUGGAAACACAAUAACCCAAAAAGGCGAAGAAUAGAGGUUAUCUUGAAACUUCAAAUCAACCUUAUGUUGUUGGUUGUCUUGCAAAGGGUAUAGCUUCCUUUAGGAAACAAUGUAAGGAAAAUUACUAUUUUGUUGACUACCAAGCCAAACAAGAUGAACUCAGACCCCCCGGACGUGUCUUUAGAUUCAAACACCCUGAAAUCAGCCCUGACCUCUUCUUCUACACCAGACAAGAAUUUCCAAUAAGAAACUUUGCAAUGCUUUGUUGUAAUCAUGGAUACUUAGCAUUACCCGUAUUUGAUGAUGAAGGCAUAGGCAGUGACAAGCUUGUGGGUGUGCUAGAGUUCCUAGGAUUUUAUUAUUGUGACCUUCCAAUCAUCAGAGAACUAAUGGAGGUACUAUCUCUUCCCAGUUUUGACUUAUUAUAUAAAAUCGUUUUGAAAACAAUGUCCACUUAAUUCCAUGCAGGCAGCAUUACUCUCCUCGACUCACAUAGACUUUCACCCAAGAUUCUUAGCAAAUGAAUCAGUUAAGGUAUGCUUUAACACAAUUUUAGAUUGGUAAUUAUGUCACCAACAUAUAUGUAUGUCUUGUUUCGAAUUAAUUAGUACUAUUUGAAUCAGAUUGUCAAUACCCUUAGCAUUAUCGAUAAGGAUCUUCCCCAACUCCAUAUGACAAAUGUUUGGGUCCCCAUUGCAGAAUGUGUUAGUAAUACCUAUGAUAAUAGGAGCUGCAUCGAGCUGGCAUUCUCUACUAAUGAUUUCUUGGAAUUUAUGCCUACAGAUUCAGUUCACUGGAUUCAUGUCCAAGCCAGAAAAGGGAUUGUUGGAAUGGUAUUGGCAUCUGAAAACAAAUCAUGUUUUUGUCCAAAUUUAGGUGAAUUUAGCAUAGUCGACCAACCGACGUGAUGUUUGUUUUGCAAUUUGUUUGCAAAGUUCAUAUACUGGUAACCUUCUUUAUGUCAUGGAGUUCUUUCUCUACCAAUGUCCCGCGACACGUAAGUAUGUUGGGUCCUUCUUGAGCCUUCUAUUGCCAAUAAUGAAGCAUGAAUUAAAAUCAUUUAAGAAAAGUCCAUCCAUUUUUCGAGAAGAAAGGGAUGCAGAUUCAGUGCAAGACAUGCUGCCAUCAACCAGCAGCUUUCUCCCAUUGGAGAAUGUGACACAAAUAAACACAGGAAGUGCAGACAAGGUGAUUGUAGAGGUGAAGUAUAACGAUGAUUUCAUAAAAUUUGAGUUGUCUCUACCAUUAUUAGGAUUGGCAAAGCUUACUGAAGAAGUGGCGACGAGUCUAAAUAUACAUGGAUGAAGAUGGUGAUGAGAUCUUAUUAACCAGAGACGCUGAUUUGCAACUUUGUCCAAAGACUCGAACAGCAACAGGCGAGCCCCUCAUCCGACUGUUGGUUCGAUGACAAGAUUAGCUCCACUUUUUUCGUUCAGUUCAUUUCUAAACAAACGCCUUUGCAAUUGCUUGAAAUUCUGGACUGAAAAAUUGGCUUACUGCCCUUGAUACCUCUGUCAACACUUUGUUUGUCUUCAUCUUGGAUUUUGGUGUAAAAGCUUCUUUAUUGUGCUGCAUAGCAAAAGACUUUGUGUGUGGUCUGCUUUAUUUUGUGAUUGGAAUCAACUUUUACUCGAGUUCAUAUACAAAUACCAUUUUAAUUAA